CUUGAACAAUUCACUUUGUGGCAGCAGCAGUCUGGUCCAGAGAAAUUAUCAGAACUAAAACUUGACCGAUAAAUAAUAUUUGUGUUAGUUUGCUGGUGCACGAUGGACCCCUCGAAGUUCGCCACGGCUCCUCCACCGGAGUGGACCGGGGAGAAGUCCUCCAUGGGCCAAGUGCCCCCUCCGGCCUACCAGGACCAACCCGGGUACCCUCAGCCCGGCAUGGGGUACCCACCCCAGCAGCAGGGCUAUGGACCUCCGCCGCAGUACGGAGGUGGUUAUGGGCAGCAGCACCCGGGAGUCCAGCCGGCCAUGGUCACGGUGCAGCCCACCGUGUUCGUGACCCGAGGCCCGCUGCCCGUCCCCGUCAACGACUACUUGUGCUACUCCAUCUUCACGCUGCUGUGCUGCUGCCUGCCGCUGGGCAUCGCUGCCCUCAUCUACUCCAUCGCGGCCCGUGAAGCCAACCACACCGGGGACCAGUACUCGGCGGACCGCAGCAGCCGCAUGGCCCGGACGCUGAACCACGUGGGCCUGGGACUCGGCAUCGGCUUCCUCAUCCUCUCCAUCGUUUACGUCGUGGUGAUGACCAAAUCACUUUCAGAUUAAAUCCGUGUCGUCGCCUUUCCCAUAUUUCUAGUUCAGGUAAUCGGACCACAGCCGGUGGCCUUGUGUUCCACCAGUACAACCUUCCAAAGAUUCAUGUUUGUGGUUUGUGCUUCCUAUGUUCUCUGACACGUGUAAAAUCCACAUCAACAUAUGUUAUCCAACUUAAAGCCUUACGAGUUCACCCUGAAGGCACACGUAGUGUUAUAUAAUCCACGUUUGAAUAGUAAAUGACUAUUAAUACAGUUUAUAUUGUGUCAGAUCUGAUUUUGAGCUGAGUUUUGUUGAAGUUUUGCAAUUGAAGGAUUGAGAUGUGUCUGAUUGUACGAUGGGGGGAAAUUUUUUCGAUGAAAUUGUCGGCUGUAAAUGUGCACGAACAUCUAAUCUCUGUGAUCUAUUGUCUUUAAAUUACACCAAAGUCGUCCUCCGCUUCAUAUGCAACCUGCAGACAUUUAGCCAAUAUGUUAUUUUAUAAACCGAGCUGAAAACAUACGAUUUACUGUAUAUUCGAGAUUUCUUUACAAAUAAAGUAAGUAUAUUGAGAGAAGCAACCUGCGUGCCGUCUACUCUGUGGAGAGGAUGUUUACGUGACCCGAGGCUCCGUUGCAGUCAGGAGAACGCUCUCCAUCGUGGUGCCUCAUCGCAUGUAGUGACGCUCCUGGAUACAGUUGAUUUUAUUAUUUUGUUUCACAUUUAAAUGGUAAAUAAAUAAAUAAAGCCCUCCUUCA